CGCGAGGUAGGGACGGAGUAUAAAACCGUGAAAGGAACCGAAGACCGUCAGAAACCGGCCGUACCUUAAACCACGGCUACGAUGAACGCUUUCACAACUCUUGCGGUGUUUGUAGCCGCCUUAGUGCUCAGCGAAGCAGGAUACCUAGGUGGAGGUAGCGGAGGAGGUUGGAAAGGAGGAUACGGAGGUGGAAACGGAUGGUCUAGCGGCGGAGGAUACGGAGGAGGUGGAUUCGGGGGCGGUGGAUACAGUGGCGGUGGCUAUUCCUCCGGCUGGAAGGGUCUCGGAGGCGGCGGCUACGGCGGUGGCGGCUACGGCGGCGGCGGCUACGGCGGCGGCGGCUACGGCGGCGGCGGCUAUUCCGGCUGGAAAGGAUUCGGUAGCGGAGGUACUGGAUUCGGAAGCGGCGGAUACUCAUCCGGCUGGAAGGGACUCGGAGGCGGAGGCGGUGGCUACUCCUCCGGCUGGAAGGGCCUCGGAGGUGGAGGCGGUGGGUACUCCUCCGGUUGGAAAGGCUACGGAUCAGGAGGAGGUGGAGGAUACGGAGGAUGGACCGGUGGACUAGGAGGCGGAAGCAGCGGCUGGUCCAAACCCGUUGUAGUCGUCAAGUCUUAUCCCAGCUUCUCGAGCGGAUGGUCAUCCGGAGGUGGUGGAUAUGGAGGCGGCGGCUACGGAGGUGGUAGCGGAUGGUCCUCAGGAGGAAGUGGUGGAUAUGGAAGUGGUGGCUACGGAGGUGGCAGUGGAUGGUGGUAAAGAGCUUUAAACCAAACAGCAUAAUUUCUACCCAUUAUUGUACAUAACCAUGUUCAUAUUUUUUUUAUAAAACCUAAAUCAAUAAACGAAACAGUAUUUUUCUAAA